AUGCCUUCCUUCACUGAAGAGCCUGCCAAGGCCUCGACUUCUGCAGCACCUCAGUUUCCGCCAAUAACACGGGAUCACAUACUCAACUGCUCAUACGAUUCAUGGUUCCCAAAAUACCGUGCCUCCUGCAUAAAAUCUCGCAUCAUCCCACUCUCGCCAGAGUUUGUCGAGUACAUACGGGAGGACGGCAUCAUUCUCGCCGACGACGACAGUGCAGAGCCUGAAGAUGACGAGUGGGAGAUGGCUCCCAACACCCUCAAGCCGAGGGUCGAAGAGCUUGGCAGCGAUUCUGAUGAGAGCGACUCAGACGACGAUGAGCCUCCAAGGUUGCCCCCCAAUCAACGGUUUCCCGGGCUUCACCAGCAGAUCAAAGACAAAAUCACAGAGCUCGGUGGCGAGGUGGCACCAAAACUCAACUGGACUGCUCCCAAAGACGCCGUGUGGAUAUCACCGCACCAAAACACCAUCAAGUGCACCUGUCCCAACGAUAUCUACUUGCUGCUCAAGAGCUCAAACUUCAUCACAUACGAUCUCGAGCACGCAUUCGAUGACUGCACCCCGACACCAAGCUCCCAGGCGCAAACCGCGCCGAGUGCCAACCCUGCCUUCAAGCCCGUCCUCGUGCUAAGAUCAUAUUUCAACCCACACACUGCUAUGGAGUUUCGGUGUUUCGUCAAGCACAGGAAUCUCGUAGGCAUCUCACAACGAGACUUGAACUACUACGAAUUUCUGGAGCCUCUCAAGGAACACAUAGUGGCCAGGAUCAGCCAGCUGUUCAACAGCAAGCUACGCUACACAUUCCCCGACGGCAACUUCGCCUUUGAUGUCUACAUUCCCGAAGGCGAGGACGAGCCACUCAGCCGCGCGCGGCUCAUCGACAUCAACCCCUGGGCGCCGCACACAGACAGCUUGCUGUUCGGGUGGUCGGAGCUGCUGGAGAUGGAGGUACCCGGCCCGAUCUUGGGCGUCGCGGGCGGUGGCAGCGACGACGUCGACGAGCAGUCUCUCGUCGCGGAGACUAUCAGAUUGAGCAUCGCUCAGCCAGGCCAGACGCUUCCCACCACCCGGAGUUUAGAGACCCACGACGGUGCCGAUGGGGACGUUUCCGACUCCACCGACGACGACGAUGACGAGGAGGACUUUGUUCCGGAGCUGCGGCUGAUCGAGAAGAGUGACCCGGCCGCAUACAACUUCAGCUCGCCGCAGUACUCGGCGCACAAGCUUCCGAAGGAUGUCGUGGACGCGAGCACCGCCGGCGAAGGCGGCAUGCGUGACUUCAUGCAGAAGUGGAAGGAAAUGACAGAGUACAGGUCCAACGUGGCCAGCUGGGAAAUGGACGGGAACGGCAGUGGCGCAAGCGGCCCUAGUAGUGGUGAUGCUGCUGCUGCUGCUGCUGCGGGCAGUGAGACGGCAGGACAGCAGCAGUAG